AUGGGACCUGGUCACCACUCUGGUCAGGCUCAGCAAGGUGGACAGCCUAUUGGCCAGCAAAAUGCUCCUCAGUCUUCUACACCUGGUCGACUCAACCACAUCGCUCCUUCCGUCGUCAUAAGUCCUAGCGCUCCUCAUGUGCCUCCUGCAGGUGCCACCGAGACCAUGCCUGGUGAUCUCGCGCCUCCUAAAGCAGGACAGAAAUCCUUGUUGUUCGACAGACUGCAAUCGACCCCGAAAGAUGUGCCAGAAGGCAUCAAGACUCCCAGACGACAGCAUUCGUCGCGCUUCGAUAUAUCCGAUCAAAAGACCAGAGAACUCGAGAAAUUGCCUGGCUUCCAUGAAGUACCACCGAAUCGAAGGCAGGAGCUGUUCAUGCAGAAGAUCGAUCAGUGCAAUGUCAUAUUUGACUUUAAUGAUCAGACAGCAGACAUGAAGUCAAAGGAAAUCAAGAGGCUAGCGCUACACGAACUGCUGGACUAUGUGGCCAACAACAGGUCGGUCAUUACAGAGCCUAUGUAUCCACGCGUCGUCGACAUGUUCUCCAAGAACCUCUUUCGUCCAGUUCCACCUCCGGUUAAUCCUCAAGGAGAAGCAUUCGACCCGGAAGAGGACGAACCAGUUCUUGAAGUAGCUUGGCCACACAUUCAAGUUGUGUACGAGUUCUUCCUGCGCUUCAUAGAGAGCCAGGAUUUCAACACCAACAUUGCAAAGGCACACAUCGACCACCAAUUCGUCCUCCAGUUGCUCGAAUUGUUCGACUCAGAAGACCCCCGAGAGCGUGAUUUUCUCAAGACAACACUUCACAGGAUAUAUGGCAAGUUUCUCAAUCUGCGAAGCUACAUUCGGCGAUCGAUAAACAAUGUCUUUUUCCAAUUCAUAUACGAAACGGAACGAUUUAAUGGCAUCGCCGAACUCCUCGAGAUCUUGGGCUCCAUUAUCAACGGAUUUGCUCUACCGCUCAAGGAGGAGCACAAACUCUUUCUGACCAGGGUCUUGAUACCCAUGCACAAGGUCAAGAGCCUCAGCAUGUAUCACCCCCAACUAGCCUAUUGCAUAGUGCAAUUUCUGGAAAAGGACUCGGCGUUGACUGAAGAAGUCGUGCUUGGACUGCUGCGGUAUUGGCCCAAAGUCAAUAGCACGAAAGAAGUUAUGUUCCUUAACGAGGUAGAAGACAUCUUCGAGGUUAUGGACCCGGCGGAGUUUGCCAAAGUUCAGGAGCCACUCUUCAACCAAUUGGCCAAGUCGGUUGCCAGUCCUCAUUUCCAGGUCGCGGAACGUGCCCUAUACUUCUGGAACAACGAGUAUUUCUGUAACCUCGUCAGCGAUAAUGUAGAAACCAUCUUGCCCAUCAUGUUCGCACCGCUCUACGAGAACUCCAAGGGGCAUUGGAACCGCACAAUCCAUGGCAUGGUAUACAAUGCCAUGAAAUUGUUCAUGGAGAUAAAUCCUCAACUGUUCGACGAUUGCUCCCACGACUAUAGCGAACAUCAGAACAACGCAGACAAGCGUGAACAAGCAAGGAAUGAGAAAUGGGCCAGGUUACAAGUACAGGCCGAAAAAAUGAAACAAGGCGUGCGGCCUACCACGCGCGAAAUAGUGAACUCGAUGAAUGAGCAACGCUUAGAGGAUUUGAAGUUGCACGACGAAUCGGCAGCAGCGCAGACAGGGGCAACAGGUGACCAGAGCAUCUACGCUUGA